UCUCUCUCUCUCUCUCUCUCUCUCUCUCGCCGGACAAGCUGUGUCCAUGGCGUCGAAGCGGAUCCUCAAGGAGCUUAAGGAUCUCCAGAAAGAUCCUCCUACAUCUUGCAGCGCCGGGCCUGUCGCUGAGGACAUGUUCCAUUGGCAAGCAACAAUUAUGGGUCCCACUGAUAGCCCUUAUGCAGGGGGUGUCUUCUUAGUUACCAUACACUUCCCCCCUGAUUAUCCAUUCAAACCUCCCAAGGUAGCAUUUAGGACCAAAGUUUUCCAUCCAAACAUCAACAGCAAUGGCAGCAUUUGCCUUGAUAUUUUGAAAGAGCAGUGGAGCCCUGCCUUGACAAUAUCAAAGGUAUUGCUAUCGAUAUGCUCGUUGUUGACAGACCCAAACCCGGACGACCCGCUGGUGCCAGAAAUAGCGCACAUGUACAAGACUGACAGGGCAAAGUACGAGUCCACCGCUAGAAGCUGGACUCAGAAAUACGCUAUGGGCUGAACAAGUUCCCCACCCUGAGGGGCGUCUGUCUUAUGUAUAAAAUGUAAGUGCCAUCAAUCAAGCAUCUUUCCUCUUUGUGUGGACUGUGGAAUUGAGUUUGGUUUUCGAAAUGAGAGAGCCGAUGAUGAUGUUGUAAUUUGAUUCGUGGAUUCAUUAGCUGCUUCAUAUGAUGGAUUAGAGUGGUUAGCAUGUGACCUCGUUUGCUGUUGAUCUCAUUAGAACACGAUAGAUGAUUUGAUUGUUCCA